UCGUUGCGCACUCGUCGACUCUGCAGCCUCCCUGCACCUAUGAAGCCUCGGAGUAAAAGCUGCCAACCCCUCAAUUUGAUUCACUUCCUGUAGUCAGACUCCUUCCCAAAAGUGAAGAGAGGGGGGAAACGGGGAAAGGAAGGAAUCUCUCUGUCCUAAAUAAGGCUCUCUGCGGAGCGGCAAUCGACUCCUCGCCUCUGCAUAGCUUCAUAACUUCUGUAGUUUGUGUCAGUGGCGGUCAGGUCGUCGCGUUUUAAAGAGAGGGAGAAAACAAAAAGCAAUUCGCGUUAAAAGCAGAAGUGUACUCCAGUUACACUCGAAUCCAUGCACGGUACGGAUGGUACAAGUUCUGACGCCCAUCGCCGAGUCUGCUCCUGAUUCCACGCACCGAGUUUGGGGACACUGUACGCUGUGAGACUCCUGGGGUUCAUGUACUGGAAAAAUGAAGUUUUGUCCCCUCUUUCAGGGGGAAAUAAGAUUCUGUCCGAAGGAAUUCCCACGAAACAGGUGAUCUCCACCGAGCACCAGAGUACACCGGGAGCCUCGCGCUGCAGCGUGGACUCUAAACACGCGCCAAUGUCUCACUCGGACGGAGAAUCCCAGCGGUCCAACAUGGAGCGGGAGGACACUCGCUCGUCCCCCAGCACUCCGUCCACCCCGUCCGUGUGCUCGCCGACCUCCACCGCCAGCUCGGUGCCGUCCACCGGGAAGAACAUGUGCGCCAGCUGCGGUCAGGAGAUCCUGGACAGAUACUUGCUGAAGGUGAACAACCUGAUCUGGCACGUGCGCUGUCUGGAGUGUUCAGUCUGCAGGACGUCGCUACGGCAGCACAGCAGCUGCUACAUCAAAAACAAAGAGAUCUUCUGUAAAAUGGAUUAUUUCAGUAGGUUUGGUACUAAGUGUGCCCGCUGUGGGCGGCAGAUAUACGCCAGCGACUGGGUGCGCCGUGCACGGGGAAAUGCAUACCACUUGGCAUGUUUUGCGUGCUACUCGUGUAAGAGGCAGUUGUCCACGGGAGAGGAGUUUGGCUUGGUGGAGGAGAAGGUCCUGUGUAGGAUCCACUACGACACCAUGGUGGAGAACCUCAAACGAGCGGCUGAGAGUGGCAAUGGUAUCACAUUAGAAGGAGCGGUUCCAACAGAACAAGACAGUCAACCCAAACCGGCCAAAAGGGCUCGCACAUCGUUCACUGCAGAGCAGCUACAGAUCAUGCAGGCUCAGUUCGCCCAGGACAACAAUCCAGAUGCCCAGACGCUACAGAAACUAGCCGAUAUGACAGGCCUCAGCAGAAGAGUUAUACAGGUGUGGUUUCAAAACUGCAGAGCAAGACAUAAAAAGCACACGCCCCAGCACAGUGGGGCUCCCCAAGGUCAUCCCCAGUCCAGGAUACCCUCGUCCCUGCCUGAUGAGCUGCAUUACUCCCCUUUUGGCAGUCCUGAGCGGGCACGCAUGGUGGCCCUUCACGGGUACAUUGACAGUCACCCCUUCUCCGUGUUGACCUCCCAGAGUCUCCCUCACCAGGCCAUGUCGCUGCCCCAGCUCCCCCUCAGCCGCUAGCGCUCCACCAUUACAACCCUUAUGACCCCUAAACCUCCGGAUCCUAACCCUUGAUCUCCCAUCGCUGACGUCUGCAGACCUGACCCGGAGGUCACGCAGGAGUCAGCUUGGAGUAACGUCACAUCUUACCGGAGCCUCUUAGAAACAGAAAAACUGAAGGAAGAGGAAAAAUUAAGACACAUCCGUCCUUAUGUUUUCUUUCUUUAUGAGGACGGGAAUAUCUCACCUGCAGCCACUCUGUCAAAAAUGAGCAUGAAGCAUUUAUCAUUAGCAGGAACUCACUGACUGUAUUUUACACCACCUAAAGGACCAAUUUUGCUUCACAUGUACAGCAUCCUCCACUCUAUUCAUCCACCCUCUGACUUGAGGGUGGUGGGAAUUUUCAAAGGAUGAAACUGACCAUGGAAGCAGGACUGAAGUCUCUUGAGUGAUGCCAGAAUACUGAAGAUAAACAAAGGGGAAAAUUUAAGGGGGAACUGUCAUUGUGGCCUAAGGGCCAGGCACACACAGUAGACCACAUUAGAGGUAAGACACCUCCCUCUUUUCUCUCUAAGCAACCAUGAAGGAAACCUACAUGUAAAUUAAUAUGUUGACUGUUGAAAUAUUCUCUUUAGGAAUGACUUUGUGACUUUAUGACAUCUCAAAAAACAGAAACUUCCCAGUUAAAUUUUUGGUCAAUUUUCCACUGAAAUGAGGUGUAGAAUUAGAUUUCUUGUUACAGAAUGAAAAUAUUGUGUGCCUUAUCUUUUCCAUUAAUAUCCACAACUGUAGUUAUUUACGACAGUGAAUCAGCUAAUUAAAAUUCCAGCCUGUCAUUCGUCACUUAACAAAGAUUUGAGUGUUUUUUAAUUUAAUUGUGUAGAACCAAUUAGGAGAAUUUGAGGAAAAUUACAAUAUUUGUCCACAGACAGCAUCUUGACUGUUUAUCAUGAAGGAAAACCAUAAAGCACAAUGUCUGGGCUUGUGUAUUAUUAAAUUAUGGCUGUAACAUUAGAAGCAGGAGCUGACAGAUUUUAAGACGCCACAAUGCUGUUACAUUUCUUGAAACUGACAGAGAAACAGAGGGAAGUCUGAGCCCACUCUUCAAACUUCACUUUUCUACAAAAUCAGACAUGUUACAAGUUACAUAUUUUCAUUCACAUUUCCAAACAAAUAUAUUGUCACUAAUUUAUGAUUUCUAAGGUUGCUUGUUCAGCCUCUCUCUCUCUCUCUCUCUCUCUCUCUCUCUCUCUCUCUGUGUGUGUGUGUGUGUGUGUGUGUCUUUUGCAAGAGGAUGGAAAAGGCAGAGUGUUGGUGCAUUGGUACAAUAUGGACAAUAUGAAACCGAGUGGGGUUGUACAUGUGGGUGUUUCUGUGUGUGUGUGUGUGUGUGUACUGCCAGGGGUAGACAGUGUGCAUUUGUAUUUUCGUGCCAUGGCCAUUGUGUGAAGAACAGGAUCCAACAAGACCUCAAUGUCCUUGUAUUUAUUGAGAUGGUAAAUCCCUGUAAAGCACUUUUUUUCCCCUCUGAAAUUGUUUUGUUUCGUUAAAAAACAUGAAAUAAAAUGAAACAAAAAAUUUUAUUUGAUAGACUGUGCAUCAUAAAUGUUUUGUGUACUAAAAUGCAAUAAAAUAGAAUGUGAUAUUUUGUGGUUCUGCAUCAUUUUUGAGAAUAAAUAAUAAUAAUGAAGCAAUAACUCA